CCGGGUCCUCCGACGUGCAGCAGAAGGGCGGUCGCGUGGCCAGUCAUCUUGCCAGAUCCCCUUGCUUUAAUUUUUUUUUUCUUUUUGCAUCGUUCUUCUUUUAUUCCCACCGCAUCACAUUGCCGAUCGGGAACUCCCUCUGGCGCCAUGUUUCGACUCAAGAUGGAGGUGCUCACGGCCAUCGCCGCCUGGGCAUUCGCCACGGUCUCGCAGCAAAUCCCUCGCUCCUCCAGCUGGGAAAGUGACCUCAAGACUCUCUCGGGUAGACUGUCCAACACCUCCCAGGUCUAUUUCCCAGGCUCGAGUGGAUUCACAAAUGCCACCACGCGGUGGUCCGUUCUCGAUGAACCCGAGGUUAAUGUUGUCGUGGUUCCUGGCACCGAAAACGAUGUCGCUGAAAUUGUGAAAUUCGCCAAUCAGAAGGAUGUUCCCUUCCUGACCUACAAUGGUGUGCAUGGUGCACUCAUCUCCCUCGGAGAAAUGACUCAUGGCAUCGCUAUCUACAUGGGCCAGCUGAGCAGUGUCGAAGUUGCAGCUGAUGGCAAGACCGCCACGAUCGGAGGCGGUACCAUGUCCAAGGAGGUCACCGACCAGCUUUGGGCCGCAGGAAAGCAGACCGUGACUGGAACCUGUGAAUGUGUCAGUCUUGUCGGCCCUGCUCUUGGUGGUGGACAUGGUUGGCUCCAAGGCCACCACGGUCUCGUUUUGGAUCAGUUUGUCUCGAUGAACAUCGUCCUGGCCAACGGCACUCUGACCCACAUCGACGCCAACUCGGACCUCUGGUGGGCUGUUAAGGGUGCAGGCCACAACUUUGGCAUCGUCACUUCCCUCACGAUGAAGGUCUAUGACAUUGAGUACAGCGAUUGGGCCAUCGAAACACUGACCUUCAGUGGCGACAAGGUUGCCGAGGUCUACCAGGCUGCCAACGACUACCUGGUCAAGAACGGCACCCAGGCUGCCGGCGUGAUCAACUGGUCGUACUGGAUGAACAACGCGGAUGCCGACCCCAAUAACCCGGUCAUCAUCUUCUACAUCAUCCAGGAGGGAGUAAAGACCGUAGAUUCCGUCUACACCGCGCCUUUCCGUAAAAUUGGACCCAUUUCUGUGUCUCCCAACAACGGCACAUACAAGGAUCUCGCUGCCUGGACCGAGGUUGCUGUUGACUCCGCUCCAUGCCAGAAGAUGGGCAUGGCCAACCCCCGUUACCCGAUCUACCUCGGAACGUACAACGUCACUGCCCAGCAGAAGGCAUGGGACGUAUACGCCAAUGCUACCCGCGGCUCCUCGGCGUUCAACAACUCCAUCUUCAUGUUCGAGGGAUACUCUGUUGGCGGUGUCCAUGAUAUCGACAGCCGGUCGAGCGCUUUCGCCUUCCGUAAUGAGAACGUGCUGGCUGCUCCCAUGAUUAACUACUUCCCUGACGGCGCCGAGCUUGAUCGCCGCGGGGCUAACUUGGGCCAGGAGCUGCGCAAUAUUCUCUUUGCUGGGACUGAUCGCGAGGAUAUCCGCGCGUAUGUCAACUAUGCCCAUGGUGAUGAGACGCCCCAGCAGCUGUAUGGCAGCGAGGGAUGGCGUCAGCAGCGUCUGCGGUCAUUGAAGGCCAAGUAUGACCCUACGGGCAAGUUUAGCUACUAUGCACCUAUCCCUUAAACGGGGUAUAGAAGAUUAAACCUGCGGCAUUUUGUCAACGCUUAAUAUCAAUGAAG